AUGAUUGUAGAUAGGAGAGGAGUGGGUGCACAGAUGGUAGCUCGAUAUCCAACUCAGCCAUCCCCCGUUCCAGUGGAUCCAAUAGAUCAGGACAAUCACCAUGGACAUGAGGAUCAAUCUGCUGACGAUCUUUUCUUUUCUCUCACUUCUUCUCAAAUGGCGAAGCUAUUUCGAGCAAAGAAGAGCCUCUGUGGACAACCGGUGACUCUUACUGUGAAUGGCACAGUAUUCUGCUGGCGUGCGGUCUUGAUGGAUGCUGAUGAUGAGGAGGACGACGAAGAAUCAUCGACUACGGAAUCCACAAAUGAACUGAUACUGUUUAGUGUGAUUGUUGCUCUCCUAUUACCAGUGAGCCACACUUCUGUUCCAUUUACUUGGCAUGAAGGAACUUUUGAGGAUCAUCUUGAUCUUCAUCAGUUUCUGAAGGAAGCAACCGCUUCCGAAACCAAAAGGGGAUCAAGUGGUGAUAUUCGAGAAGAGGUUCGAAGUACAUCAAGUGCUUCCUUAUCAAUACGCCGCGUUCAUAUUUCACUCGCUCGACUAUGCCGUGUGCUGGAACGUGAGGAAAAGAGAUGCCAUUACGUAUCUGAGCAAGCCAAUGUGUUUCUAAAGAUUCGAAGCGAGCAACAAAAGAAGUGGGAGCUACAAAAAGUUGUUGCUAAUUCUUCCAUUUCGACGCAACAGGGAUCCAAUAAUCCAGCAAGUGCAUCCUCAUCAGUUAUAUCUAGCAGUACAACUCAAACUGGAAGACCAAGAAGGUCACGACAUUCCAGGCAACAAUCAAUAGGAGACGAGAUUCUUCUACAUUCAAAAUCGACGCCAACCAUGAAGGAAGAGCAAGGAAAUGAGCAAGAUAUACUGGAGCUCAUGUUAGCAGCAUUUCAGCAUGGAACUGAUUAUCUGGUUGAUGACAGUUCUCGUCAGCACAAUGGAAAUCUGGUUCGAGAACUCGUUCAGGUGUUUCAUUCGUUAUCGCGGAAUGACUACGAGUAUCCCCCAACUGCAGCUGCGCUGCUUUGUGAACGAGAUGGUGUAGUUCAUAUCAAUUCGCACAUUGCUGUUCCCAUUGAAGCUGCUUCGAUACGAACCUCACAAAGCUCGCUUCGGCCUUACUUUACGUUGCUGUUCCCCCAUGCAUCCCCUUCUGAAUUAUUGCGAACCUUUCAAUCCUCGGGAUCCGCUGCCCCACAACGCCUACAGCAGCUAUUGAAAACUGUGAAUCCACAAAAGUCGCUAUCCGAAAUUGCUGUAGAUGCAAAUUUACCGCUUUACACAACCAUGGAAAUUGCUUCGUACUUGGUGGCUCAUGGAGCCUGUGUGCCUUCCCCGAUUGUCUCUAGAAAGUCGCGGUUGAAUUGUUUGCACGUGGAAAAGAUUCCCCAACUCGCAUUGGAAUUCUCGCAAACGUUUUCCAAUGUCAAUUUUUUUCGUUUGCUGGGGUUCUUGACCUCCUCCCAGACGUUGGGAGAAGCCAUGGAACAAAUGACCGAUCUUGGCGAUGAUCAAGCGGCAUGGUUGCGUGAAUGCUGGCCACCUUUCAAGUCCAUUCUAGAAACGACCAAUGCUACAAAUGUUGCCAUGACUUAUACACCUGAUAACCAGGCAAGGCAGUCCAGUGGUGGGCCAAAUCAACAACAGCAACCCAAACGACCCAGGCAUCGAUGGGUGGACGAACUUGAAGAGUUUCUCUAUGCAAUGACGGUUUGGUUGCUCUCCCAUCGUGUCUUGACACUGACCCAAGAGUAUUUGGUGUUGGAUGGGUCUGUAUUGGCUGGAGAGCCACCACCAAUCCCACCCAAGAAUCGUAGCAUGACUGACACCGACGAGCAAUUCUUUCAAGAAUUGACCAAGUUGGACUUUUUGAAUGGUGAUAUCUCGAUCAUGGCCUUGUCGUGGCGACUGGGUUUGGACCAAAAGAAGGUCCGUUCAUGGGGUUAUCGUUACCAUAAGGUUCGUGUGAUGUCUCGAAUUCCUGCGCCUGGCGAUGAUUGGGAAUUGGAGCUUUCAUAG